GCGUGCGCGCUCCCGUGAGUGGCGUGGUGGAGUUUCACCCAGCCUGGCGGAGAUCAUCAGCACGAAUCUAGCUGUUUUUUUUUUUGAGAGCUUCAUGAUUGGUGUUCGAUCCGGUUUUACAUGUGUUGAUCCGAACUCGCCACUCUGCGUCUUAGACUGAAUCCUUUUGGUCUAGGGGUGGAGUGGAGGACCGAGCCGAGCCGAGUCGAGCUUCUGUUUUUUUCCGGAGGGGGUCGGAGAGCUCGGGAACACGUUUUUGGGCUGAGAGGGGGAGAGGAAAGCAGGGGAGAAGAAGGAAGGAGAAGACGGAGUCAUGGCCGCUCAGGUGGAGACCCUCCUGCCGAGCAACCCUCUGCUGAAGAAGGGGGACGAGGAGCGUGAAGGCCCGCAGACGGAGCUCCAGCAGGCCGAGGGAGCGUGCGGGAGAGCCGGCCUAGAGCAGAGCCUCAAGCAGGCGAAGGAGGAGAGCAACCUGCAGGAGAAGGAGAAGAACAUGACCAUGGGCCAGCAGGACAGGGUGGUGGUGGUGUCUGGGUCUGAGAAGGGCGAGGAGGGAGAGCAGGGUGGAGAAGAAAGCGGCAAGAGGAGUAACUUUAAUAAAAAGGAGUUUACUGAAGCACCUCCACCCAAGGUGAACCCCUGGACUAAGAAGAUGAACGCCGUGACCGUGGUCAGCGUGAACGGACAAACACAACACAACGAUCAAACCGGACCGGCCAAAGUGGUGAGAGCAGGCAACCCCAGAGCCAGGAGAGGUGGAAAGCAGGUUGGUGAUUUUGGAGAUGCCAACAACUGGCCCACCCCUGGAGAAAUUGCUACGAAAGAAGUUCAGGUUCCUAAGAAGGGGAUAGUGAAGAAAGAAUCAAAAGAGAAGCGAGAGAACGAAGAGAGCAAAGAGAAUCAGAAGACCAAAUCCGACGACUCUGGUGAGGAGAAAAACGGAGACGAGGACUCUCAGAAAAACGGACAGAGAAAGAAAGGAAACAAACAUAAAUGGGUUCCUCUGAAGAUUGACGUGAAGUCUGAGGGCCCAAGAGAGCGCUCUGCUUCCAGGAAUAACGCCCGCCAAGGAGAACCUCCCAGAAUGCCCCACAACAACCGCAACGACCUCAGAGACUGGCACAGUGGAAAGUACGAGCGAGAUUUCAGAGACGAUCAUGAUGAAGUGUCGAGUGUGAAAAGCGAGGGGGCUCCUUUUAGAGGUGGCUUCAGGGGGCGUGGCCGCGGGAGAGGAAGAGGCCGAGGCCGAGGAAGAGGUGGGAGCAGAGGCCACUACGACUAUCACUACGGCUAUAAGGCGUACGAGGGCAAGGACGGAGCGUACGGUCAGAAGUUUAGCAACACAGUGACUUAUUACUACGACAGCGUCAGCAGCAGUGAGCUGUACUCUGUGGAUCAGGACUUGCUGAAGGACUACAUCAAAAGACAAAUUGAGUAUUACUUCAGUGUGGAUAACCUGGAGAGGGACUUCUUCCUGCGGAGGAAGAUGGAUCUGGAGGGUUUCCUGCCCGUAGCGCUCAUCGCAAGUUUCCACCGCGUCCAGGCCCUGACCACUGACGUCAGUCUCAUCCUGGAGGCUCUGAAGGACAGUAAGGAAGUGGAGAUUAUCGAUAUGAAAAUUCGCCGGAAGGAGGAGCCCGAGAAAUGGCCUCUACCCGGAUUCUCCGUUCCAGAACAUUCCCAGACGGAUUUCUCCCAGCUCAUCAACUGUCCGGAGUUUAUUCCCCGGCAGCCUAUGGGGAGGCAGUCCGGCUGGCCAGGACUGUUAACUCUGUUUUCUGCAGGAUCUCCGAGAGCCUCCACUCCAGAUCUACCGAAGCAAGAGGACCUAAGUAACCUGAGGACGAUGCCUAAGGGUUUAUCAGCCAGUCUGCCGGACCUGGACUCCGAAUCCUGGAUCGAAGUAAAGAAAAGACCUCGGCCCUCUCCAGCCAGACCAAAGAAGGCGGACGACUCCCGUUCUCCGGUUCAGUCCGGCCCGGCACCUCCGGACCUGCAGGACGAACCAGAGGAGCUGGACUUCAUGUUUGAUGAAGAGAUGGAGCAGAUAGACGGACGGAGGAACACGUUCACAGACUGGUCGGACGAGGAUUCAGAUGGAGAGAUCGAUGACAGGGACCUCAACAAGAUCCUAAUCGUGACCCAGACGCCACCGUACCUGCGGAAACACCCCGGAGGAGACCGGACAGGAAACCACACCUCUCGCUCCAAACUGACCAGCGAGCUGGUGAAGGUCAUCAAUGACGGCCUCUUCUACUACGAGCAGGACUUGUGGCACGACUCGUACGAGCCCGAGUACGCCACCAUAAAGCAGGAAGUGGAGAACUUCAAGAAGGUCCAUCUGAUUAGCCGUGAACAGUUUGACUGCCUGACCCCCGAGCCUCCGGUCGACCCGAACCAAGAAGUCCCUCCUGGCCCCCCGAAACCACAGCACAUCCCUACAGACGCUCUGGCCAAUAAGCUGUUUGGAGCCCCUGAACCAUCGACAAUCGCUCGCUCAUUGCCCACCGCCGUGCCAGAUUCACCCAGCUACCGCAAUGCCCGCACCCCGCGCACUCCCCGCACCCCCCACCUUCGAGACCCCACACACACCCCACGCUUCUACCCCGUCACCAAGGAGGGACGACCUGUCGAUGCCAAGACGCCGCGUAAGAGGAAGACGAGGCACAGCUCGAACCCGCCGAUGGAGUGUCAUAUUGGCUGGGUGAUGGACUCCAGAGAACACCGGUCACGCACAGCAUCUGUCAGUUCUAAUGCCAGUCCGUCAGAGGGCACCCCUGCGCUGGGUAAUAUCGGCUGUACCCCCCAGUCUCUGCCUAAAUUCCAGCACCCCUCCCACGAGCUGCUGAAGGAGAACGGCUUCACCCAACACGUCUACCACAAAUACCGCCGGCGCUGCCUCAAUGAGCGGAAGCGGCUGGGUAUCGGUCAGUCUCAGGAGAUGAACACGCUGUUCCGGUUCUGGUCGUUCUUCCUGAGGGAUCAUUUUAACAGGAAGAUGUAUGAGGAGUUCAGGCAGCUGGUGGUGGAGGACGGGAAAGAGGGAUACAGGUACGGUCUUGAGUGUCUGUUCAGGUAUUACAGCUACGGUCUGGAGAGAAAGUUCCGGCCCGAUAUAUUCAGAGACUUCCAGGAGGAGACCAUGAAGGAUUAUGAAGCAGGUCAGCUGUACGGACUGGAGAAGUUCUGGGCUUUCCUCAAGUAUUCCAAAGCCAAAACCCUGGAGAUUGACCCCAAGCUGCAGGAGUACCUCAGCAAAUUCAAACGUCUGGAGGACUUCAGAGUGGAUCCCCCUAUGGAGGACGGUGGUCAUAAGAGGCUUUCGGCUGGUGGAGAGGGACGCCGCCGGCACCCAUCGGGUCGGACCCACAGCCAGGCCGGCGCCAGAGACGAGGCCAAAAACGCCUGCCAGAGACACGCCGACCCCAAGCCGCCAAAGUAACCACCAACCGCCCACCCAUCCACCGGCUCUCUACAACAACCUCCCUCUGACCAUAGGGGUCCAAACGCCACCGCAAGCAUGACGAACUGACCGACGAACGGCUUGUGAAAAAAACAAAUCAAGGCUCUUCCAUUCUUCAGUUUUUUUUUUUCUUCUUUUACAUCUGAAAGCCUGUUUUGUUUUGUUUGACGAACCGACAAAAAAAACGAGAAGAGACUACUGUAGGGAUGAGCAAUUGUUCCAUUCUUAAUUUUUAUUAUUAUUAAAAUAAUUAUUUCUUUA